CAUCCAUGUAUCUCGCUCAGACGCUCGAUCAGAGUGCCUCGUCUGGCCUAGGCCGCCUUAUCAAACUAUUCUUGUCUUGUGUAUCGAAAUCCACGGAACUGUAAAGAUGAUGGUCCCACGAGCUUUUUUGUUUAGCUCAGUGUCUUCUCCCAUGAAGGGAACUCGGGGCGAGAAGACCGCUGGCAGAUCGCUGGGCGUCCGGGAUAUUGAGGGCCUCGAACUCCCCUUCGACUCCGACAUCUCACCAUCGGCCAUCCCUUCCAACCCGGUCGUCAUUCCUCCCAAACGAGGUCCGCGCAUGACCUCCGUACACUCGCAGACGGCAAACAAAGGGCCCAGGACCCCACGAAAACCGAGAACCCUCACUCCUCAGUCGUCAUCGGGGACGUUGUCCGAUCGACUCGUCCCCAGCUCCAUCGCAUCGAUCCUGGAAGCAACGGCGAUCCCAGCGCGACGGCGAGGGGUGAGCGGACGAGACUCCCGGCGGUUACCACGGGGAAACCAUGUGCAGGAUUUCAGCAAGUUGUUGUUGGAUGGGGUGGGCGACAACCUGAUGGAUAGCACCGGCAACACCGCCCUCGACCUACUGCUGAGUCCCCCGGAAGACACGGAGAGGUCUACCGCCGGAAGCGACUGCGACAGCGAGGCGCCGUCGUUCUCAGCAUCCUCCAUCUCCAUUGCAUCCACUCCGUCUCUCGAACGGGACCUGGAGUCGCCGCCAAGUCUGCCUACGCCGGCGACGCCAUCCAGCCAGCGCAGCCCACUCGACCGUGGUCGAUUCCUGCGCUCCUCGCCGUGCGAAAACUGCGCCUUCGACCACCCCCUGCUGGAGACCGAGGACUGCGAGUCCGAGGACGAGCUCGACAUGCAGGAGUUCCUGGCGGUGACGGUGCCAGCGCCAAGCACGCCGACGCCGUCGCGAUCCUUCCCGCGCCUCGGGGCGACUUUCAAGUCGAACCUGACCGCCUCGCUCCGGGCGAUCAAGUCGGCCGCCCAAAGCGUCUCCACCUUCGCGACCCCGUCGGUGCAACCGGACGACUUCCUGACGCGGUCGAUGUUCACGAUCACGCCAGAGAUGACGGACGACCGACGGCCUCCGCCGAUGUGCGAGCCGCCGUCGCCCGCUCUCCGCCGGUACUUGAACCCGAUCCCCACCGUAUCCCCGGCCGAGAUGUACGCCUACCAGGAUUAUCCGCACGACGAGACCGCCGACUGCCCGGUCUCCGUGCAGAUGCAGACCUACCGACGCUCGACGGGUAAACGACGCGGCGGCGGCGGUCACCAGCAGCGCGCCGUCAAGCACUCCCAGCGCCAGCCCUUCUUGGUACCUGUCGACCCGGAAAUUCCCCCAAUGCCCCGCCAACGGGAACCGCGCGAGAACAGUGACUUCCUGCGGAUGGUGGUGCUGGAGAUGAAUAUGCGACGCAGCGGCAAACUACGGGACGACAUCCCGACGCGCGCCCGGAUCUGGCUGCCCGCGCGGAAGGGGACGCAACCGGCGCGCAUGAUCCGCUACGACUACUACGAGGAUGAGGAAGAGGACGAGAACGCGGUGCCAGCCCGCUGGGUGGGCAUUUCCGUCGAAAGCAUGUAAACCGUUGAUUAUUAUUUGUUGUUCCGGAGUUUGGUCUUUUGUGUCUGUACAUAGCGAAUUGGGAGUUUGGAUGCAUCCACCGGCGUUACUUUGGGGGGGAGACUUGGGUACCUGGUCCUAUACCUGUCGAUGACUACAAUUGCUACUACUACUACUAUUACUAUUACACCUAAGUAUACAGAAUCAGAACUUACAUUCCUAAAUAUGGA